AGCACCUACCUCGCCAUGGCCCUGCUGGAGGAGACGCACCCACCCACCUGGCCCUGCUGGAGGACACGCACCCACCCACCUGGCCCUGCUGGCCCACCUUGCCCUGCUGGAGGAGGCGCACCCACCUUACACUGCAGGAGGAGGCGGCGCACCCACCUGGCCCUGGCUGCUGGAGGAAGAGCACCCACCUGCCCCUGCCGGAGGAGGAAGAGCUCUCACCUGCCCCUGCCGGAGGAGGCGCACCCACCUGGCCCUGCUGAGGAGGCACACCCUUUGCCACUGCUGGCGAAGGAGCACACACCUGGCCCUGCUGGAGGAGGCACACCCAUCUGCGCCUGCUGGAGGAAGAGCAUCCACCUGCCCCUGCCGGAGGAGGCGCACCCCUGCCCCUGCUGGAGGAAGAGCAACCACCUAGCCCUGCCGGAGGAGGCGCACCCCCUGCCCGUGCUAAUGGAAGCGCACCCAUCUGGCCCUGACUGCUGGAGAUCCGGAAUUGGAGGAAGGAGAAAGAGCACCUACCUCGCCAUGGCCCUGCUGGAGGAGACGCACUCACCCACCUGGCCCUGCUGGAGGACACGCACCCACCCACCUGGCCCUGCUGGCCCACCUUACCCUGCUGCGCACCCACCUUACCCUGCUGGAGGAGGCGCACCCACCUUACCCUGCUGGAGGAGGCGCACCCACCUGGCCCUGACUGCUGGAGGAGGCGCACCCACCUGGCCCUGACUGCUGGAGGAGGCGCACCCACCUGGCCCUGACUGCUGGAGGAGGCGCACCUACCUGGCCCUGACCCUGCUGGAGGUAAAGCGGUAAAAUUUUUUGUAUUUAAUUGUUUGUUUUUAUUUCAGAUCGGUUAAUUAUUCGCCACCUGUUCUGACUAGAGGUGGGGAACUAUCGAUAGUCGGCACCAUCGGUAGCGAGCGAUAGUUUUUCU